AUGGAAAGAGAAUGCAUUGACGAGGAUGAGGUAAGGAAGUUCGGCCGGAACCCGUACCGCAAAGUGGACAACGCAAGGGCCAGCUUCCCAAGCUGGGCUGUCUUAUUCAUGUACACGACCUGGGAGAGAAGGGAGGGCGUCUACGAAUUAAUCGGCGAGCUCUGCGAGGCAUUCAACAACAUAGGUCUAAAACACGGCGCUCUCACGACUCCUGUGAUCGCUGACGACUCGGACCCUCAACGACGCACCUCGACGUAG